GGAGGACGGCCUGCUCUUUAAACAUCAAAGCUCAAAGUAUAGUGAACCGACGGUAUACGAAACUGCAGUAACGAUUUGACCGGUGGCCGUGGCGGGGCCAUCAGCUGAUGCCGUAAACCACAACACCACACCACCACCACCACCCCCGGGCGCCAGCCUUACGGUGCGGCAAGUCUCCCUCUAAUGUACACUUCUGUUUAAGUCGCCGCUCCUCUGUCUACAGCACAACGCAACAAACACUUUUGAAACUCUUAUCAUCCUCACCAUAAAUGCGUGUUCAAACACCUGUACUGGUGCAGUCAUCGGGAGGAUAAACCCUUCAUGUAAACUGCUCCUACUAUCAAGAAGAUGCUCUGGUGAAAGAGGCAGGAAAUAAUGAUUAUUUAAACCACUGAUGUCUAAGGACCUGCGACGAAAUGAGUACUGUAGAAGUGACUUCACCCUACUGAGGGACCAUUCAGCAAGAGACAUUCAGGAUGUGGGGCAUUAGAAAUAUGAGGAAGAAAGUGUUUUUGGGUGUGGGCAUUGUGGUUGGUAUUAUACUUUUAGACCAGAUUUAUCUUCAUAUCUGGCUGUCCACACCCAAUACCAACUUUCAAAGAUCUCUGCACGUAGACGAUGUUCGUCAGUUAUUGCGUGCUGGAGAAGAUGCUGCUGUCACAACUCUUCUCUUUGAUCCAGUUAUUCUUAAUGCAUGGAGCAGCAAUUCACAUGUAGCUGCACCUGGUGUGUGUAUUUUUUUGUGUCACGUCAUAGGCCCACUCACUUUUGCGGUUACUGCUGCUCAGCUCAGGGACAAGCCAACAUUUCUGUCACGCCUUGCUCAACUAGGCUUCACCAUUAUACUCUUUGAGAGUCCUGAGGGUCAGCAGUCACAUGUGUUCUUGAUGAGGCAUGGAUCUCCACUACAUUUGGUGGUGCUUCAUCUGCAGUCCUCUGGUUUCUUAAGACAGUAUGCUUUGGAAGGGCCUCCCCAUAAUGUUGCCCAGGUUAAGCAGUAUAUAACAAAGGAUGCCUGGAAUCAGAUGAAGUUUGAUCGUGCAUAUGAGCGAUUUAGCACCAGAGAAGUGAAAAUAGAUGAAGUGGAGUUGACUGUUCCAAGCAAUAUUGAAGCAUUUGUUGCUGACCACAAGAAUUCUCACUUCAUCCAUUGUAAUGAGUCAAGAGCAGCAUAUUACAAUCUAAAGUAUCUAAAGAAUGAGACACCAAGUGAAAUAAGAUUUAAACACAAAGCUUGGAAGUUGCUAUCAAAAGCUAAAACACUUCUUGAUCAACUGAAAAUUCCCUUCUGGCUUAGCAGUGGAACUCUUCUUGGUUUCUACCGUCAGUGUGACAUAAUUUCUUGGGCUAUGGAUGUUGACAUUGGAAUUUUUAUUGAAGACUACAAAUCAAGCAUCAUUACAGAAUUUGAAAAAAAAGAAUUAAAACUUUCACACAAAUUUGGGAAAGUUCAUGACAGUUUUGAGCUUUCUUUUAAAGAAGAAGAUAUAAAAUUAGACAUCUUUUUUUUUUACACUGAAGGUGCUACUAUGUGGAAUGGAGGGACUCAAGCCAAAACAGGAAAAAAGUUCAAAUACUCAUUUUCAACUUUUACGCUUUGCUGGACAGAAUUCCUUGAUCUAAAGGUGCGCAUUCCAUGUCAAACAGAAGAGUACAUCAAAUCAAAUUAUGGAUUAUCAUGGUUUACUCCUGUGAAACAAUGGGAUUGGAAAUCUAGCCCACCUAAUGUUCAAGAAAAUGGCAUGUGGUUAGAAUCUGAAUGGCCAGAAGUCAUAAUUGUGAAUGAAAGUUAAGUUGUAUGCCAAUGGGUGUUUUCUGUACUAUUGUAUGCAAUGACUUCACAAGUUUGUUUGCCUGGAACUAUUAAUGAUCUAAUAUUAAUUUAUUGAUUUUAUUUA